CGAUUCUUUUCCUCUCUUUCAGCAUAUAGCCGUCACCAUGCCUCCUCAGGUCAAGUCAAAGGCUCAGAAGGCCGCCGCCGCCCAGGCCGGUUCAAAAGCAGGGUGAGUGUGAGAGAAAGACGAUUUGAGGGGAAGAUGGGAGGGGAACGAUUCGGGAGUAAAGUGUCUGGUCCAGAGGAUGUCAUCUUCGCGGCGGACUGCUCGAUCUUGAUGGGAGAGGUGUUUUUGGUUGAGAUCUUUGCGAUCUGGGCGUGGCCUGGGGAGUUUAGCAGCGAAGCGGCGGGAUGAGAAUGGGAUCGUGGAACUGCGAAAUCAUGGUAUCUUGUGCAGGCGCUGAUACCGUCUCUUCUCACAGAAAGAAGAAGAAGUGGUCCAAGGGAAAGGUUAAGGACAAGGCCAACAACGCCGUCGUUCUCGACAAGACCCUCUUUGACCGAAUCAACAAGGAGGUCCCCACUUUCCGAGUUAUCACUGUCUCUACCCUCAUCGAUCGACUGAAGGUCAACGGAUCUUUGGCCCGUAAAGCCAUUGCUCACCUGGAGAAGGAGGGACAGAUCAAGCGGGUCACUCACCACAACGCUCAGCUCAUUUACACCCGUGCGAUUGCUGGAAAGGACUAGGCUGUGUAACAUUUGUGGAGGGUUCUGGGUGUAGUCUGCUCUCAUUAGGGAUGCAUCCAUUGCCAGUGGACGAAGUGGUGU